AUGCUGGCUGUCCAGAAUAUGAAAGUUGGAGUCUUCAUUUUGUGGUGGGGAUGGGUUUGGGCCACUGAAAGCAAAGUGCAUGGACGAAGAGAAGUACACGAGAUGUCUAAGAAAGGCAGCCCCAUUCUGAAGCGAAGCCCUGAUAUCACCAAAUCGCCACUGACCAAGUCAGAGCAGCUUCUGAGGAUAGACGACCAUGAUUUCAGCAUGAGGCCCGGCUUUGGAGGUCCGGCCAUUCCUGUGGGUGUGGAUGUGCAGGUGGAGAGCCUGGACAGCAUCUCAGAAGUCGACAUGGACUUCACGAUGACCCUCUACCUGAGACACUACUGGAAGGACGAGAGGCUGUCCUUCCCCAGCACCAACAACCUCAGCAUGACGUUUGACGGCCGGCUAGUGAAGAAGAUCUGGGUCCCAGACAUGUUUUUCGUGCACUCCAAGCGUUCCUUCAUCCACGACACCACCACGGACAACGUCAUGCUGCGGGUGCAGCCCGACGGGACCGUGCUCUACAGCCUGCGGGUUACAGUGACUGCAAUGUGCAACAUGGACUUCAGCCGAUUUCCCCUGGACACACAAACGUGCUCCCUUGAGAUUGAAAGCUAUGCCUACACGGAGGAUGACCUCAUGCUGUACUGGAAAAAGGGCAACGACUCCUUAAAGACGGAUGAGCGGAUCUCGCUCUCCCAGUUCCUCAUUCAAGAAUUCCACACCACCACUAAACUGGCCUUCUACAGCAGUACAGGCUGGUACAACCGUCUGUACAUUAACUUCACGUUGCGACGCCACAUCUUCUUUUUCUUGCUCCAAACUUACUUUCCGGCCACCCUGAUGGUCAUGCUGUCCUGGGUCUCCUUCUGGAUUGACCGCAGAGCUGUGCCCGCCAGAGUCCCUUUAGGUAUCACCACCGUGCUGACCAUGUCCACCAUCAUCACGGGCGUGAACGCCUCCAUGCCCCGCGUCUCCUACAUCAAGGCGGUGGACAUCUACCUGUGGGUCAGCUUCGUGUUCGUGUUCCUGUCGGUGCUGGAGUACGCAGCGGUCAACUACCUGACCACCGUGCAGGAGCGCAAGGAGCGCCAGCUGCGCGAGAAGCUUCCUUGCACCUGUGGAAUACCCCAGCCUCGAGGCGUCAUGCUGGAGGGCAGCUACAGCGACGGGGAGGUUAAUGACCUGGGCAGCUACAUACCCGAGAACGGAGAGAAGCCAGACAAGAUGAUGGUGCAGCUGACCUUGGCCUCGGAGAGGAGCUCCCCACAGAGGAAAAGCCAGAGGAGCAGCUACGUGAGCAUGAGGAUUGACACUCAUGCCAUUGACAAAUACUCCAGGAUAAUUUUUCCAGCAGCAUAUAUUUUAUUCAAUUUAAUAUACUGGUCUAUUUUCUCAUAAAUGCCUGUAACUCUGUAAAUUUCACCUUCUUCUGUAUGUGUCACAGAAAUACCUGUGUGAUGCAAGUAAUUUAAGGUUAUGAGGCAAUUAAAGUUGCCACUACCCACCCUUCUCCUGCUUUCCAAAACUACAUAGACAACAUAUUCACUGCUUUAAUUUGCACUUACUAACCCCCUGUUGCAUCCACAGCACAGCAUGCUGCCAGGAAUAGGACACCCAUAGCAACUGGUGAUAGUUGUUACUGGAAUCCCCUGGAAGAGCACACUGCCCGUGUUGGGGACACACUGUAGCUUAACCUGUAGCGAUUAUUCACAUGAAUGACGCCCUCUGUGCAUACGUCAUUAUAUUCCCUGGACUCGGUGGGAUUGGGAAGCACUGAAGUUCACUUGCGUGAAACGUACAAGCACCUAAAUCCCCACUUGGACCAAAAUUCAUGCUUCACUUCAUAUCUAUUCCUUAUUUUUCAAUGUGUCUCCUCAUGUUUAUUUUAAUACAAGGCAAAAAUAAUUUCCCUGUUUUUAUUUAUGUCUUAUGGUUCAUGAGGUUUCACCUCUUCAGAAGCAAAGCUCUUUAGAUUGGUGCAAUGACUUCUGAUUUGGGGGGAUGGGGAGUCUCCCUGGUAGGGAAGCUAUGAAGAAGAUGGUCUAUGCAUAUGCGUUCUGUCAGUUCUGUCAUAGAGAUAAAUAGCUUAGAAAACUUGUGUUUCGGUGUCUCCUGUUUCAUAAUAAUGGCUUCAUGUAGUUCCACCUUGGAGCAUGUCCUAGUUCAAAGUGAAGUCCUUUCUCAGGAGUGUGGUACCUUCACUGAGGAACUUGGGAAUAGACAGUUGUCAUCAUAAACACUUCAAGAAAACACAUCUUUUGGGACUAUUACUAGUUACUUAUUAGGAGGAGAAAUAUUCACAUGGUUUCUGGAGAAAAAAAGAACACCAGAAAGAAAAAGAAAUGGGAAGACAUCACUGUACAUCUCCAGUUAUAUUUAGUGAAUGCCAGCAUUUUCUGUGAACCAGAAAACAAUGGCCCCCUCUCGCCAGGGCAUGGGAUAAGAGAGAGGAUUCUAACUUGAUGUAUUAUUGAAAAAUAAACAAGCUAUUGUGCUGUGAAGUGUGUAAACCUGGCGAUUCACAGACCUGUA